CAGUGCCGGGUCGAUCGAUUACGCACUUCGCAAGAGGGGGCGUGAAAGAGGCACGGCAACAAUCUCUUUCGACUCAACUCUUUCCCAUGGACUUACUGUAAUGGCGCCACGGUCGACGGGCUGUGCCAACUGUCGGAAACGGAAGAUCAAAUGCGACGAAGGACGCCCGGGAUGUAAAAAAUGCCAGAUUCACAAUACCCCCUGCCCGGGGUACCGGGGUAUGAAGACCGACGGACUGGAAUGGCGCGACGAAACACUGGCGGUCGCAAAGCGUGUGGAAAGAGGUUGGAGGAGCGGUUCCAGCAGUAGCAGCGAUUCUGACAGUGGUGCACCUGUACCACCUACCGAGCGAGUCAGAGCGUUGAGUCUCGUCGAGAAGCCUGUUGCGACCGAGUAUACGGUGAUACCACAGGCUAUCUUCAGCGCUGCGACAAACCGUUCGCAAAUGUUUGAUGUCAGCAUGCGGUUGUAUCGGCCAACGACACUGGACGAACAGCCGAAACGUGCUCAUAUUUCCGACUUCUCAUGUUUGCAGAAAACCAUCAACUCCAAGUCAUCGCCGGCUUUGCUUGCUGCUGUCGACACGAUUAGUCUGUUGCAACUUGGAGUGUCUUACCAGGAUCAGACUUUCUUCGAACAUGCGAGGAGAAGGUAUGGGCAAGCGUUGACAUGCCUCGUGGUCGCACUCAACAAGCCAGAUGUGCUUGGCAAUAAUGAUGUUCUGGGAGCCAUGAAAUUGCUUGAGUUUUGCGAGCUAUUCCGUCCUGUAGCACAGCAAGGAAGCUGGAUCAGCCAUGUGAAUGGAGUAGAGAAUUUCUUAGUACAGCGGGGACCAGUCCCGCUCAAAACAGAACUUGAUAACAUGCUUUUCUUCCAUGCCAGGCAUUCUUCUAUUCUACAAGGUGUCCUCAAACGCAAAGGGAUCGUAUUUGCAGAGCCGAAAUGGAUGAAAAUUACCAAAAGCACAGAGUACACAGACUCGUCACCUCGCCUUUUCGAUGUUUUGGUACACAUUCCAGGUCUAUUUGAGCGCGCCGAUAACCUCAUCGCAAGCGGUGAACCGACUUACCUGAAUGGGAUAAUCGCAGAUUUGGUUACCGCCAUCGGAGAGCUCCAAGAAUGGGAAGCUGAAUAUCACGCCGCACUGAAAGAGCCAGCCAUCACCAACGUUGACGUAUCCAAAUUCAAGAGGUUCUCACGAUUGUGUGACAACAAGACCUUCCCGCUGGCCGUCGAUUUUCCCGACUUCCUCACUGGAUAUCUGCAAUCGAUAUACUGGCUCUACUUGUUCACCAUUCAGCGCACGCUCCAAGACGUCCUUUUGAAAUACCCCAACGGGAAAUGCAGUAUCUUAAUGGGGGACCUCAACAAACAGAUUCUGCAGAUUGCCAUUUACAUGUGUCAGAUGAUGCCAUAUUUCUGCGAACCGGACGCAUCGUCCAUGGGUCGUUUUGCAACAUUCAUGCCUCUAGUGUUUGCACUCAAAUACUUUGAGGCACGUGGUAUGGAGGCACAGCAGGACUGGUGUCAAGAUGUCACGGACGCCAUGUUCAACGAUGGCAUCAACCCGCCCUGGAAGUUAGAUUUAGAGAAGGGGCUCAAGCCAGGCGAGAAGAAGCAGAUUCCUUGAGUUUGGGCGUACGGGCUGUACGUAUGGGUCUUACAGUACCUAGGGUGGAUUGCAAUGAUCAGAACGGAAUCUCUAAUUAUUAGAUUAGUUUAUAGCAUACAGUAUGCAGGUCCAAAAUGUUGAUCGCGGCUGUUUACCAACUCACGUGAUGGGAGACUUGC